AUGACUUUCACAUCGAACACCGAUAGCUCAGUAGGAUGUUUUGGUCGCCUUUUCAAGCGUCGGAAAGCGGGUACGCGUCCUCGGGCAGCUACAUCCCCCUCUUCCCUCUCCUCUCCGAGCAGUAGUGAGAGUAAGACUGAAAAGUUCGACAAAAACCAAUGCUUUUGUCCAACCUGUGACUUCUCGUUCGCUGAAGAAACCGCUUGGUGGCCCUCUGAAUCGAAAGCAUCAUUACCUCCCUACGAGUCUCACUUCGUGCAGGAUAACCUCUCGGGAGCCCCGUAUAUUAACCACACACUCGGAAUACUUGAACGCAAACUCCGGGACCUCAGCAUGCAACUCCACGAGCAUCCCGAAACUCAAUUCCAAGAAAAGUUUGCUCAUGAUCUAUUGACUUCUUUCAUGGAGGAUCAUGGGUUCAAGGUUUCAAAACAAUACCUGGGUCUUUCUACCGCCUGGAGAGCAGAAUACACCCACGGUAAAGGCGGAAGGGUGAUGGGAAUUAAUUCAGAGAUGGAUGCAUUAACUGGCCUAGGCCAUGCCUGCGGUCACAAUCUCAUCGCAAUUAGCGGGUGUGGGGUGGCGAUUGCACUGAAGGCGGCUCUAGAAGCUACCAAUACACCGGGGAAGAUAAUUCUGUUGGGCACUCCAGCUGAAGAAACAGGUGGAGGAAAGAUUAUUCUACUCGAGCGUGGUGGAUACGAUGAGAUGGAUAUGUGUAUCAUGUCACAUCCUGGCCCCGGGCCCUCUCAUUCCUUUGACGUGGGAUCUACCAAUGCUAUGCAAAACAUCGAAAUCGAGUAUUUUGGGAAAAGCGCACACGCAGGAGCUGCACCAUGGGAAGGAACGAACGCACUUGACGCGGCUUUUCUGGCGUAUUCGAGUAUUUCCGUACUUCGGCAACAAAUGAAGCCCGGCUACCGUGUCCACGGUGUCAUUCAAGGAAAAGACUGGCUUCCGAAUGUUAUUCCAGACUAUGCAAAAUUGAAGUGGAUAGUCCGAGCACCGACUCACACGGAACUUCAAGUCCUUGCGGAGAAAAUCUUGAACUGCUUCAGAGCUGCAGCUUUAGCAACUUCCUGUGAGAUGACGAUCAAAACAGACGCACCCUACUAUGAAUUGAACCAGAACCCCGCCCUUUCGAAACAAUUUGAAACCGUUAUUAAGGACCAGUACCGGAUGGAAACAACUUGCCGGGGCUCCACAGCAUCCACAGACUUUGGAAAUGUUUGUCAUCGGAUACCAUCACUGCAUCCAAUGUAUGCGAUACCCACCGAGCCCAACGGGGGAAACCACACACCUGCUUUUGCCCGCUCAGCAGCGACCGAAGAAGCGCAUGAAGCUACUAUGAUUGUGACUAAUGCACUCGCACUUACUGCUUUCCGUGCAAUGCGCGACGAGGCAUUCUUCCAAGAAGUUAUACAAUCCUUCAAUGCAUAA